UCUUUAACUAUUCGCCCGACAAUGGAAAGAAACUUAAAACCAGCAGAGAAUAAGCAAAAUCUGAGUUGGCCAGAGUUUCUCGGAGAGGGACGAGCGGAUGGCCAUCUCUUCUGGUAAUUGACCAUUCACUGCGUUGAGGAGUUUUAGGAAGAGAAACAUAUAUGAGAAAGGAAGAGUUCUUUUGGAAGUUAGAAAUAUGUACUGAUAGUGAGCGGAGAACUGGAGCUUCCGUUUAAAAGAUUUAUGGCACGAAGCGGAGUUCUAUAUUUGGUAAUGAAAAGGUAUUGGUAGUCGGUGCACUCCAUUGAAUAUUAAUGAGUGACGAUUAGGCUUGUACUCCAGAGUCCAGACCGAACCUUUCUUCAUUCUUCGGAAGCUGAAGAGGCCUCCUGAUUCCCUGAUGCUUCCUGCCUAAACUCUACCCUGGCUGAUCAGAUACCCCUUUUCCAACAUCACCUUGCUAGAAAAAGUAUUGAUAUUGUGGAAAGUAUUGAUAUUCCACGAACUGUGUUGAUAUUGUGGACUGUGUUGGUUUAAUUAUGGGUCUUGACGGAGGAGUUCUUCAUUUUUAUGGUCUCAAUUCUCUGAGGUCAUUAAUUUGACCAUUUACUUUUGACGUUUGAAUUAAGAGUUCGUGGUGAAAAAGGUACAAUGGAGAAAUCAUUGUUGAAAGCUCUUCUUAAUAGUAUAUCCACCUUUUCACAUCUAUCGUCUUUCGACAACAUAAAAUCGGAUCCAAUGCAGAGGUCUUACCAGAAGGCAGAAGAAGUAUUGAAGUUGUUGAGGCCCACUCUUGGUGCCAUUGUAGAUUCUGAAAUAGCUUCUGAUGACAUACUCAACAUGGCAUUUGAGCAAUUAGGUCAAUCUGUUGAUGAGUUGACGGAGCUUUUCAGAAAUUGGCAAUCAUUGUCGAGUAAAGUUUAUUUUGUUCUGCAAAUUGAUACAUUAUUGGUGAAGAUUGAGACCUCUGGCCUGGAUAUUCUUCAGCUGUUGAAAUUGUCCCAUCAAAAUCUCCCUGAUGAAUUAAGUUCAUCUUCUCUUGAGCACUGCAUACAAAAAAUUAAGCACAUGGGAUAUGAACAAGUGUCGACAACUAUCAAAGAAGCUUUAAGGGAUCAAUUAGAGGGUGUUGGACCAAGCUCAGAGGUUUUGGUGAAAAUUGCUGAGAAUCUCGGCCUGAGCUCAAACCAGGAGACUCUAAUUGAAGCCGUUGCCCUUGAAAAGUUGAAGGGGAAUGCUGAACAAAUUGAGAAAACAUCAGAGACUGAGAUUAUUGAUCAAAUGAUUGGUCUUGUGACUCGCAUGCAUGAUCGUUUUGUCACAAUAAAGCAGUCGCAGAGCUGUAACCCUGUCCCUAUUCCCACUGACUUCUGUUGUCCUCUUUCCCUUGAGCUGAUGACAGAUCCAGUUAUUGUGGCAUCUGGGCAAACCUAUGAGAGGACUUUUAUUAAAAAUUGGAUUGAUCUUGGGCUUACUGUCUGUCCUAAGACUCGGCAAACACUGGCUCACACCAAUCUGAUUCCUAAUUACACAGUAAAGGCACUAAUUGCUAAUUGGUGUGAGUCAAACAAUGUGAAGCUCCCAGAUCCCUUGAAGUCCAUGAGCUUAACUCAACCCUCUCCACUUCUCACACAUGCUGACUCCGUGCCACCCAGGGAUUUACAGAUUUAUCCUAAUUCCAACGGCAACUGGCCAUUGUCACCUGAGUCAAUAUGGUCUGGCAGUCCUUCUGGUAAGAGCUUGAUUUCCUCUGCUGGAACUAAUGGAGAAAGAGCUUCUCCGUGUCAUCCCCGCUCUACUUCUGAGGGUUCCUUGUCAGGUGUAAUUGGGAAUGGAUUGGGUUUGGAUAUUGAUAGACUGUCACUAAAAAGUUAUGAAGACAAGGCUACUGACUCAGAAGCAAGGAGCACGGAUUCAGUUGGUGAAAAGUCUGUGUCACCAGUGAGAAAAGACCCUUCUAAUACUGCCGGACCUUGUGAGCUUUCUCAGAGCCAUAAAAGAACUGUGUCGGCUUCCAGUGUGCUUUCAAGUGCAAAUCUCAAUGAAAGAGUGGAUGCCAAUGGGACUUCAGAUGUAUCAAAUCAUCGUACUUCUUAUAGCAGUGAUGCCUGUGGGGAGGUGAAAGCAGAGCCACAGGAUGCUGGUGCCUUGAACACUCCACAGAGGGAACCUGAGGUACCCCUCCGUUUGGCGGAGACACGAUCCAGAAAUCAAACAAUAUGGCGCAGGCCGUCAGAGAGGUUUGUUCCAAGGAUAAUUUCUUCCCCAGCUAUUGAGACGAGGGUAGAUCUUUCUGGUCUUGAAUCUCAUGUUCGGGAGCUGGUAGAUAACUUGAGGAGCACUUCGGUUGAUGCUCAAAGAGAGGCAACAGCUGAACUAAGGCUACUUGCGAAGCACAAUAUGGAUAACAGAAUUGUAAUAGCAAACAGUGAAGCCAUUAGUUUGUUGGCUAAUCUGCUUUACUCAGCAGAUGCUAAGAUUCAGGAAAAUGCAGUCACAGCACUCCUUAAUUUGUCGAUUAAUGACAACAACAAAAUUGCUAUUGCUAAUGCCAAAGCUAUUGAACCUCUAAUUCACGUUCUUCGGACAGGAAGCCCCGAGGCCAAGGAAAACUCAGCUGCCACUCUCUUUAGCCUCUCUGUGAUUGAGGAUAAUAAGAUUAGGAUUGGAAGGUCUGGAGCCAUUGGACCUCUGGUUGAUUUACUGGGAAAUGGAACUCCAAGGGGGAAGAAAGAUGCUGCUACAGCGUUGUUUAACUUGUCAAUAUUUCAUGAAAACAAGGCCCAGAUUGUGCAAGCUGGGGCUGUUAGGCACCUUGUUGAAUUGAUGGAACCAGCGGCUGGGAUGGUUGACAAGGCAGUAGCUGUUUUGGCAAACCUUGCUACAAUCCCUGAGGGUAGGACUGCAAUUGGUCAGGAGCGCGGGAUUCCUGUUCUUGUGGAGGUUGUUGAACUGGGUUCUGCCAGAGGGAAGGAGAAUGCUACAGCUGCUCUAUUACACCUUUGCACAAGCAGUGGUAGGUUUUCCAAUAUGGUUCUUCAAGAAGGCGCUGUCCCACCUCUAGUGGCAUUGUCUCAGUCUGGCACCCCAAGGGCCAAGGAAAAGGCACAACAACUUCUUACCCAUUUCAGAAAUCACCGACAUGGUAAUGCUGGCAGGAACUGAUUUUAGAAAAGCAACCCAAAGUGUCAUUGAAGGUUUUGAGUCGAGUUUUAUACAGAGCGUGUGAACACUUGAUCUUACAAAUAAUACAAAUGUAAGGCAAAGGCUUUUUGUGGUUUUAUUUUCUUAUUAUUUGUAAAGGUAAUUGAUUGUGGAGGAUUUGAUUGAGUCCUCUUGUGAAGUAUAUUUUUCUUUCUUAAUAUUCAAUGUAGAAAGGAGAAGUUUCAUUUGUGAGUGAGUCUACCCGUUAUGACCUCAGGAAAGAUUGAUGAUUGAAUUUUUAUGUUUGAUUUCAUGUCCUAA